AUCAACCACAUUGGAUUGGUUUUCCACAACAGAUAAGUGAAGUUGGAUCGUGUACAAAGAAAACAUCAAAACUACAUCAUAAACAUUUACAAUGGGGUUCAACUGAUUGGAUUAGAAGUGGUUACCUCCAUUCCGAAGAACACAACACGGUUUGUCAUUUCUCUGUGGUACUUGUACUGUUUGGUAGAACUUUUUGUGGUAUUUUGUACUACUCUGUGGUGCACCACUACUACGUGGUUGUUUGUGGUACUUUGUCAUGAGUUUUGUGGUAUUUUGUGGUCUUGGCUUCUACUUUGGUUUUUGUGAUAUGUUUGGUUGUACUUUGCACCCCCACGUGAUAAUGUGGUGAUUGGUGACUACAACCCUUUUCCAUGUGUGUUUUCCUUUUUCCUUCUUCUAAAAAACACAUAGUUUUGUGUCAAAAUGUUAAAUCUGUCUUAUAUCUGUCUGAUAUUUCUAAAAUGCUAUUUGACUUUGCAGAUUUAAAAAAAUAUAUAGUACUUACAUGUCAAAUAUAAAACAACAGCUUCAUAGUAAGGCGUUGGGCUACCACAAGUUAUCAGAAUAGCUUUAUCUUGGCUUAGAUUCUUUUCAUACUCACCAAACUAUUCUCUGACCCCUUGUGCCUUGUAUAGAAGCAUCUGCCUCUGUAAUGCUUCUCCACUCGUUUAUUUAGGUGUUUCCUUUAAUUUGUCACCUGUCAGUAUGUGGCAAGGAUUAAAUAGCAUAUAUAAACCCACAAUAAUCAAAUUACUGAACUUUUCUCUCUUGUGGGAGCAACCAGGCAGCUGUAUGCCUUUAGUAGUACCACUAGAUGUCCCUACUAACUCACCAACACUCUGGCAUCCAUCAAAUUAUAUUUCUCAUCCAUGCAGCUGAUAGUUAGAACAAGGAGGUGCUCUUAAUCAUGACUACAGAAACACUGGUGUCAUUUGUCUUUCUGGUUCCCUUUGUUUUAGUUUUGAUUGGGGUCAAGAGGGUACACACACCUUUCAGAAGAAGUUCACCUUAUCAACUCCAAACCAACAUGAAUUUAAAUAGCAUGUCUAUAAAUUUUGAACUAUGAUUGGCUAUAUGGGUCAAAUGUUUAUUCAUUCUGUAACUCUUUUUCCUGAAAACACCCAUCUUUAUGGUGUAGACACACACAUUUAUCACUACCAAGAUUUAACCCUCCAUUCUGUUUUAUCAUGUCACUUUCUUUAACUAUUUCAAGCACCCCGUUCUUCUUCAUGCAACUCUAGGAGUAUAGAACAAUAUUCCCAUAAAUGUAUCACUCCCAUCCCAGCAAUGUUUUCCAUUCACUGUCACUGAUGUUUUGCACAAUAAUGUCUAACAGCACAGCAAGACAUGGAUUACAUAAAGCUGACUCGGGCACAGCCAGCGAUUGUGUUGACAAGAAGCCAAAAGAUGUUUGCUGCUGUGACUUGACAUUCCACAGAAAAUGUUACAAAACAGGCAACAGGGAGGCAGUGGUAUUUUUAGACACAUAUCAAAAAGAGUUUAAGUUAAGUGAAUGAUCAUUCUUCCUCCUUCAAAGCCCUGUAUGCCGACAACUCAGAGCCAGAAGGGUUAGAGGGAGAUUAUAUUUUCAAAGGAGUGAACUGAGGAGGUAAGGUUGCUAAUUAAAAAUAAACACUUUCUAGGACAGAAGCUGGCAAAGACACUGGGGUGUGGCUGAACAAAAAGAGACUCUGGCUUUUCCUCUGACUUGCAUCCUUAACUUUUACUUGCUAUCCAUUUUUCAGAGACACUACUGCUUAAUGUGUUAUGAUGCCUGUGGAGAGGGGCACAUCUGUGCUCCUGAGGGACCUGAACUUAUGACCUCUGGUGCAAGAAUGUGUUGAAAAUUCUACGCUAUCAUUAUGUAGUGUGGCAAUCUCAUCACCAUGUCACACAUUCCACAAAGCUUUAUGUGAGAGAAAAAAUGUUGUCCCCUCCCUGCCUGAAGUCUGGCAGAUUAUGUAUUAGACACUAGAAUAUCCUGAUCUACUCAAUAAUUAAAGCUGACUCUUCUUCAGAGAGUUUGGGAGGAAACAAACAGAAACUGGGGUGAUGUGUGAAUUUAAGGUCCCAAAAUCAAAGUGGAAGCACAACACAGUGUGUGAAUGUGUUUUGAAAGGAUUAUACACAAUAGUGAUGUAUAGCAAAAUCAUUUUAAUGACUGUCCCAUGUUCUGUCCUCCCACUUGUCUGCUGCUGAUUUUAAUUUGCCCUCUUCGUUUUCAUAGGCACAUGUUUUUGUGCACUGGCCAUGCCCACUCUACAGAGGAAAAGUACUGUCUGCUCUCUGCUGUGUUAUAUAUGUUCAGGAGUCAUGUUUCAUGGAAAGUGGAUUAUAAGCCCCUUUAAGUAAACAUUAUCCCUAGAAGGGAUUAUGACAAAUGAAUGGGGAAAAAUAUAUAUUUUUAUCUCCCCUUAUAGUAAUAACUACUGAGCAAGCAAAACUGAGCAAACAAGACUUUAAGUGAUUACACAUUCAUCUUUCAAUCUAUAGUAUUCCCACUGCCUUCAAACACUGCCUGCUUCACAUGCUCACAUGUUUCCACUGGACAAAAAUCAUCUAACCUUACAGUAGCAAAAAAUUAUCUACCCCAAAUUCUCAGUCAUUUGUCCAUUUCCGAAAAGUGAUCUGUAAUCUUUUGGGAAAUGACGGCAGUGAAGACAAUAUCCACUCUGAAUGUACAUUUAUUGUAUUUACAUGAGUGAUAGCUGCCAUUUGCCUAUCUGCAUGACUCUGGCACGGCUGACCUGCGUACAGGGCACAAUGUGGGUGGGACUUGAGAAGGAGCACUACUGCCUAUGGGCAGGGAAGAGCAGCCUGCUUAUCUGUGAGCCCUUUACCAGCCAUCAGUUCAGUCAAAUGUAACUCUGGAAUUUCUUUGGUGACAGUCAAACACUCACAAAAUUAAAAAAAUGUUGUGUGGACAGAGGAAACAUAUCAUAUCACUACCUUUUAAGCUGAUAUGGCAAACUUGUUAGCAAACAGUUGCUUAUUCACACGUCCAGCAGUUACAAAGCUAAAUUAUCUUUCAUUUGGAGUCAUGUUUGUGUCCAUCUGAUGAAUCUAAGUCCAAUAUUCACUCCCUUUUAGCUCUGUUUUGUCACGUUUAGUCAAGCAGGUAACAAGGGGAUGGACCAAAACGCAGACACUGAGGCUGAACAGGUGAAGUUCAAUGAUUUAUUGCAGAACAAAACCUUACAUGGAUGGUGAGGCAGGCAAUGGUUCAAACCAGGAGAGCAGUCCAAACAGGUAAACAAAUCAGAUAGGGAGUAGCAAAAUCCGAAAGUCCAAGAAACAAGUAAAAUCCAAGAAACACAGGGGAAGUCCAAAAAAACUAGAAACACUUGAAAAGUCCAAAUUAUUAGAAACACUAGAAACGCGCUGGAAUGCUUAAUGAAGGAAGUACACAGACAAUGCAAAUUCCACCUAGAAUUUUAAAAUAGUAAUAAUGUACUGGUAGUGGAAAUAUUAACAUUAAUAAUGUAAUAAUAAUGGGAAUGAUAGUCAUAGUAAUGAUAAUGACAAUAAUAGUAACAAAGCCAACAACAACAACUGUAGUAGCAGUUGAGCAGGAACAUGGGGGCAGCAGGUGGCCCACAACCAAAGAUCCAGUCUCUGCAGCCCAAACUGGGACCUGAUUCCACAGGAGAGGAGCUUGACAACUGAAGGCUCUGGCUCCCAUUCUACUUUUGGAGACUCUAGCCAGCGAUCAAAAAUUAUGGGAAAAGCAAACACAGACAUGAAGUAAAACUACACAAGACACAUGAUGCAGAACACUACAAAAUAAAACAGGAAAUACUAAACUACAACACAUAAACCAGAACAUGUAUUUGUUGCAUUUGUUGUCUGAUCCAACAUUUUAACAGUACAUUCUUUGAGGUUAAAAGGUUAAUUCAUCCAGUACUGCUCAAACAAGGUCUUUUUCAGUCAUUUCAAAAAAAAUGUUGAUACUGUUUCAGAAUACAUUAGAGGGUCACAAUUGUCUCUAACAUAGUUAUAGAUAUGACUGUCAGUCUUUAUAUCAUCUUGCUGCUGUUGUUCUAGUUUUGUUCUGAUAGAGAAACUGGCCUUGGGAAAACUUUCCAUUGCACACCAGCAUAUCACUGCAUCUCCCCUCUUAUCUCUUCUCACACGUGUUCCCAGUGAUCAGUGUUGGAUCCAUUGCCUUCAUCCUCCUCCAUCCCUUUUAAGAGCAUAUUCAUAUCAGGAUCCAUCAGCCUUCAACUCUCCAACCCUUCUUCAGACCUUAUGUCAUCCUCCAUCUCUCUCUUCCUCCCCUUCAAACCUCAUGUAUAACUAGAGAAAAGAGACAUUUCCUCAUUCAAAGGCAAACUGCAGAAUGUCACUCAGCAGGUGACAGCAGUGUCACAGAGAGACUACAAAAGCAUCAGAUAUUCAUGGUAUGUGUCACAGGUUCGAUCACCCUGGGGUUGUACACUGUGGAUCCAUGGCAUGCAGCUGUGGGUGGAGCUUUUACCAUGACAUCAAGUGAGGGAGAGGAGAGGAGAGGUAUAAGAGUGAAAGAGCUCAGACACCUGCAGACAUACAGCAGCAGCACGUUAAACACAGCUGUAACUGUACAGAUGCUAGUCUCUCUCCAUCCAUCAGCUUUCAACUAUGUCUACUAACACCAGCGUUCUUCUUCUCAUCACUCUUUGGGCUUCCAUGCAGGACGGUUUGGGUCUUCCUGUGAUGAAACAGCGUGAAGUGGAGGCCGGUGACGGUGUCCCAGCACAGAGAGAGAGGACCAAGCGCUGUGCCUGCAGCAGCCUGCUGGACUCUGAGUGCCACUACUUCUGUCACUUGGAUAUCAUCUGGGUCAAUACGCCCAGUAAGACCAUAGUUUAUGGUCUAGGCAGCCCUCUCUCCCGACGCAGAAGGUCCACUUUACGCUGCGCCUGUGCCAACCCUGAUGAUCAAACCUGCACCAGCUUCUGCCAUCACAGCCCUGAAAUCACUUCCACAAAGAGAUCUGUAAAGAGACAUCAACUCAACAUACUCAGAAUCCUAAGAGCUGUGGCCAGCAGGUCCAAGAGAGCUUUGGAUGCACCUGAUUCAGGCAAGUCUUCUGAGGCUCAGAGGGAGAAUGCUCGCUAAACAAUGUGAGUGUUGAGGCAGCAAGAGUGAGAGAAAGAGAGCAGCAAGCACCUGAACAAAUGACACUCCUUUGAUAGAGAGAGGGAGGAAACAAAGGGCUGCUGAAAGAUGUGUCCGACGCAGGAAGGCCGAAGCGCCACAAAGAUGUCUGUUUGUAUCCGGGAAUAGAGGGUGAACGCGUGACUGAGUUCUGCAAACACAUCAUGGAAACAGAUGUGGAGGGUCGGCAUUGAGAGGAGCUGCUAUCAGAACAGGAGAACGCUGUGGUUGUGUUUGACUCUGGCCAUCUGGUCUGGAGCGGUUGUCUCUGUGUCACUGUACAGACAGGCCAGGACGGCACUGACAUAGAAGGAUGAAGUAAAAGGGCCAUGUAUACUGCACAUACAUGUACAGGACUCUCACAUACAUGGCAUGUUUUUACUCAUUCUUUUGUAAAAUGCUUUUAUUUUCUAUCAUUUAUGUAUCAAAAGAUUCAUUAUUUCACAACUUAUAAAAUUAUUUUUGUUAUGAGUGACCUAAGGGACUCUGACUGGGGAUAAAAAGUAUAAUACUGAAAGUUAUAUUUCUGUAUCAAGGAUUAUUGUGUGCAAAAGGGUCAAACAAAUUAAUUAGAAGUGAAUCAAGCCUGUAUCUUUACUGUGUGUCAAAGUUUUUGAUUAUAAAGAUAAAUUGUGACUACUAAAAACACUACAAAAAGAAAAAAUUACCCUCAUUUUGUUUUUAUCGCUCUCUAAUUCAUGGCCUUCUCUGUUUGCUUUAGGAAAGUGCGCUGUGUACAAAAAGUGAUUACUGUGAAGAAACUGUACAUGAAGAAUAAUUUGAGGGAAAAUAAAUCCUUUUAGGGGGCAUGUGCGAUUCAA